AUGGGUGGUACUCAGCCCGUUCACUACGAGCCGGAGACCGUUAAGGAGCUCACCAAAGAACUUUUAGUAGCAUCUGGUAUUGGUGCUGUUAGGGGAGCUGCUAUCGGCAUAACCACUGCACUUUUGCUGCGGAGAUUUUCCACGGUGUACAAGAAUGUCAGAACCCAAGUUAGAGUAUUCUAUCACAUUUCUUGGAUCUCCAUGGGGGCAGUUUUUUAUGCUGACAAGCAGCUAAUUAAGUUCCAAAACCGAUACUAUGAAAAUGAGACCAAAAGGCGGUCGAGAAUAUUGGAUGAGGCAGCAGAAAGAGGAAUUUUCUUGGAAGACGACGCUGCGGUGGCCAGCACCACGUCAUAA